AUGGGUGGUUUCAAGGCUGUCGAGGAUCGGCCGACGCCGAAGGAGGUCUACAACUGGCGUCUCUACAUUGAGGCUUCCAUCAUCGCAACCGGAUCUUUGCUAUUCGGCUACGACUCCGCUUUCAUCGGAACCACGAUCGCACGAACGGGGUUCAAGAGAGACUUUGGAAUCACCUCGGAGAACUCCAACAACAUCUCGAGUAACAUCACCUCGGCGUUCCAGGCUGGUGCUCUCGGCGGCGCGUUGCUUUGCUUCUUCAUCACUGAGCGUCUGGGCAGAAAAUGGACUCUGCAAGCCAACGUCGUCAUCUUCCUCGUCGGCGCCAUUCUCAUGGUUGCCGCGACAAACCAGCUGUCUUAUAUCUAUGCGGGUCGAGCGCUGACGGGAAUCGGAUGCGGUGGCAUCACGGCCACCGUUCCCUCCUACAUCGGUGAACUCUCGAUCCCCUCGAUCCGCGGCAUCCUCACCGGUCUCUUUGAAGUCGCCUACCAGGUCGGUUCCGUCAUCGGCUUCUGGAUCAACUACGGCAUCACGCAGAACAUCAACCCCAACUCGGCAACUAGCUGGAGAAUCCCGAUGGCUUUCCAGCUUGUACCUUCCGGCAUUCUUUUCAUCGGCUGCUUCUUCAUUCACGAGAGUCCUCUCUGGCUGAUGCGCAAGGGAAAGACGGAGCAGGCGCAUAAGGUUCUCGAGUCGAUCAGACAUCUCCCCAUCGAUCACAAGUACAUGCAAGAGGAGGUUGACAUGCUCCAAAAGAAGAUGGACGAAGAAGCCGCCGUCGCCAGCGCCUACGGCACCGGCCAGUGGGCCUACUUCCGCGGCGUCGCCAGCACCCUCUGCCGCAAGGGCAUGUGGAACCGCCUCGUCCUCGUCUUCUGCGCCUUCGCCCUCAACAACCUCUCCGGCGCCGCCGCCAUCAACUACUACUCCCCGACGCUCUUCGCGUCCAUCGGCAUCACCGACGUCGCGCUCUACACCGGCAUCUACGGCCUCAUCAAGGCCAUCGCCUCCAUCAUCUACUUCAUCUUCCUCAUCGACCUGCUCGGCCGCCGCUGGCCCGCCAUCAUCUCGUCCUUCGUCUGCUCGCUCUGCCUGUGGGUCGUUGGGGCGUACGUCAAGAUCGGCCACCCGGCCGACAUCAUCGCCGCCGGCAAGGAGCUCUCUGCCUCGACUGCGGCGGGCGGCAGGGCGGCCACGGGCAUGAUCAUGAUCUACUCCAUCUGCUGGUCGUUCGGGCUCAACGGUAUUCCGUGGAUCGUCUCGGCCGAGAUCUUCCCCGGCGCGCUGCGCAACUUCACCGGAACGUAUGCCGCCCUGGUUGUUUGGGCGACCCAGUUUGCCAUCACGAAGGCGCUUCCGUACAUCUUCAGCUCGUUCGGAUAUGCGACUUGGUUCUUCUUCGCCGCGUGGAUGAUUGUGGCGACCUUGUGGGCCUUCUUCUUCCUGCCUGAGACCAAGGGUCUUACCAUGGACCAGAUGGAUGUCAUCUUUGGCUACGCACAUGACGCCCGCCCGGAACCAUCGACCAAGGUCGUCGACACUGCUUUCGACGAUAUCGACAAGGCGAAGCGAAGUGAGCACACAGAAGAUGUCAUGGGCUUCUUCAGCACCCACGCGGCAGGGACGCUUGAUCCCCCCGAGGUGCGGAACUGGCGCAUCCACUUGAUUGCGCUGGUUGCCAGCAUGUCGGCCUUGGCCAUGGGAUACGACACGGCCGUCAUUGGCGGAACCAUGGCGCUGGACUCCUUCCGACGCGAUUUCCACCUCGACGAAGUCAGCACCACUGCAAGAGAUACCAUCCAAGGCAACAUCGUUUCAACUUUCCAGGCCGGAUGCUUCUUCGGCGCCCUCUUCACGUUCCCCAUCGCCGAGAAAUUCGGCCGCCGCAAGACUGUCAUGCUCGCCGGUGCCGUCUUCCUCCUCGGCGGCACCCUCAUGACCGCCGCCCGCGGCAGCCUCAACAUGAUCUACGCCGGCCGCGCCAUCGCGGGCCUCGGCAUCGGCGCCUCCUCGCUCACCGUUCCCGUCUAUAUCGCUGAGACCGCGCCGCCCUCUAUCCGCGGCCGCCUCGUUGGCAUCUUCGAGAUCGCUUCCCAGGGCGGCGGCAUGCUCGGUUUCUGGAUCAACUACGCCACCGACCGCACCAUCAACGUCAACAACCACGCGCAGUGGGUCGUCCCGCUCGGCCUCCAGCUCGUGCCCGGUUUGGGGCUUGCGCUGGGUAUGAUCUGGUGCCCCGAGUCCCCGCGCUGGCUGGCGAGGGGCGAUCAUUUUGACGCUGCUGAGAGGAUUCUGGUGAAGCUGAGGGGCUUGCCUGCAGACCACGAGUAUAUCCGCCGCGAGAUGAAUGAUAUCCGCACGCAGGUUGAGCAGCGCACGAAUAACCGCUUGACGAAGAAGCAGAUGUUCCAGAAGUUGUUCCAGAAGGGUAUCCGCAACAGAAUGGGACUCGGAAUGGCGCUCAUGUUCCUGCAAAGUUUCACUGGAGUCAACAUUAUUACCUAUUACGCCCCUCGCAUCUUUGAGAGUCUUGGUAUCACGGGAACCUCAACGAAGCUCUUCUCCACCGGUUUCUACGGCAUCGCAAAGACUUUUGGCAUGUUCCUGUUCACUUUCUGGGUCGCCGAGCGUGUUGGUAGACGGAAGGGUCUUAUCUGGGGCUCGGCUCUUGGAUGCAUUCCGAUGUGGUACAUCGGUGGCUACGUCAUGCGCGCGGAUCCUGCCGCCAGAGCGGCUGCUGGAGUUAUCAUCCGGGAUGGCUGGUCAUAUUUGGCCAUGGUUUGCGUGUACAUCAACGGUGUGAUCAUCUGCGCCACAUGGCAGGGAAUCACCUGGCUCUACGCUUCGGAAGUACAAACCCUCGAGAUCAGAAUGCUUGCCGUCUCCAUCACCACCGCCACAACCUGGCUUGGUUCCUUCAUCAUCGCGCGCUCCACUCCGUAUAUGAUCUCCGACCUGGGCUACGGCGCCUACUUCUUCUUCAGCAGCAUCCUCAUGCUCAUGGGCAUCUGGGCCUUCUUCUUCGUCCCAGAGACCAAGGGCUUGACCCUCGAAGACAUGGACGCCCUCUUCAUGCAGCCCACGCACAAGACCGUGUGGGCGCAGAUGCGCGGUCGCGACGUCGUCACGGCCGGGCGCGCGAGAUCCCCGAGCAUCACUGAUGAAAAGCUCGAGGCCAACAUCCAGGCGGCGCAGAUCGAGGAGCGUACCAAGUCAUGA